AUGGCACCUCAUGAGCCGCCGACUGGCACAGCAGGUCGUUGGGAAGCCCCUCCUUCAACUAUGGCUGCACAAUUAAUCAAUAAUCUCUCUACGAAGAAACAAUCUCGGCAAGUCGAGCAUGACGAUUUACAGUUAUUGAUGACUGAAGUUUCCUACCGAGAGAAUGAUUCAUCCGACUUCACGGACCCCGAAGCUAUGCUUGAGCACAAACAUAAACUUCUAUAUGUUGUCGCAAAAGUAGUUUUAGAGAAACUCAACAAAGAUGACCCUUUUAUGAAUGUCCAAAACGUCACAAAUCAGGCAUGUGAAGCCCUCGAUGUUUUCACGUCCACUGUUAAAGAUCUCCCAAAUAUACUUAAUCAUGUAUCCACUCCAGAUCGGCCACUCAAAUCACGCGGUCUAGAACCCUUCUGGAUAUGGUUGUUCCCACGGGUUCUUGCUUGUCUGGGUCGUCAGGAUUCUAGAAAGCUCACAGCAAAGAUUGAGGUUUUCUUCUCUACCUCAUUUGAGGUCGUUGGCAGAUCACCAAGACUUUGGGAUCUCAGUUCUAGCUUUUUUAUCUACCUUAAAGAUAGUGUAGCAUCUAUUCUCACCAUUUUCCAAACCCUUAGUCCUAUCACUCAUGGAGGGGAAACUGAAUUCAUACUACCAUCUGAUCAAUUCAAGGUAUCUUCAUAUUCGUUUAGCAACAAGGGUGAUAUGAACGAAACAUCUCCUCCAUGCACAUACAGAUUGCAAAAUAAAGCAGGCGCUAUACAACAUGCCAUAUGCAUUUUAUCUAUCUUGGCAAAGGUGUCUAUCCAAGCUGCAUCCUUUCAAGAUGCAACUCCUGCUUUCCAAGACUACCUAGCGUGGCUGUUUGAUUCGUUCCACACAUCCUACGAGUUACAAAAGGUAUGGAUAUCUUCCGGGAAUUCAGCUCAAGAUCGCGAAUCUCCAGCGAUUUCUCUCUUCUGUGGCCUUCAGGCACUUCUAUCAUCAAUCCAAGAUUCUUUACCUGAGACUUUGGUUCGUAAGGGUUAUGCCUACCUUACCAUUAUCGGGGCAGAUAUUAUCGUAAAUCCAUCAAAUAUUAUUGACAAGGAUGUUAAUUUUGCGUUCUGCCGGACUUUAUUGCAUCUGGCAAAUAUCUGUAAAAGACAAGAUUCGAUAUGUAGAAUUAUCCGUUUGUCCCUACUCCCGAAGCUUCGCACCGUGCUUGAUGACGAAGAUACGAGUAUUAUAGUUGGGAAUGAUUUCCAGAAUGCUGCAGCUACUUUGCUUUGGGCCUGUAGAUCAGCAGAUAAUUCCAAUCUCGGGCUUGUUUUACCUCAUGUGAACUUUGAUACUGAUUCUUUGAACGCCGAUCUCAAUCUUCUUGUGUUGAAGGACAUCAAAAGUCGAUCAACCCAAUCAGCUCCACCCAACAAACGUCGAAAAAUACAUUCAGAAGAGGGCCUUUUGCAAGAAAUCAUCGCCAAGCUAUAUUCUCUCUUCGGUGACCAGGAGGUUUUAGAUAUGGACGGGUUAUGUCAUCUAGCUGAGAAAUGUUUCGCGGGAUUGUCUGAUCCUGACCGGUGCAAAGUUAUUGACUAUUUAUCCAUGAUACCAUGUGCCGCUUAUGGCUCGUUAACAGUCACUCGAGACAAAUUUGAAAACAUAGUAUCGUCUCAAUGUUUUGUUUGUCAAAAGCUUCCCCCCAAAGUCACAGCAUUAGACGAAGAUUCAUGCCAAAAAACCGGUGGCGAAGCAAUUUUGAUUCUUACUACGCUGAUCAAGUCUCCUGCCUUCCAUGAAUCAAGGCGAUCAAGGGUCCUUGCAAUGAUAGCCGUCAAGGCCUUUGCCAUACAUUUUCGAGAUGAGGAAUUUCUCGACUUGGAAACUUCUGCAGUGGGACAGUGGUGCUUGAAAUCUCUUCAAAGUUCCAUGCGUGAAUUGAGAAUCGCUGCAGGUCGCACAUUACCAGAAUUCCUUCAAGGAGAGAAGGCCCCAAAGGAUCUUAUCCUAAAGAAUAGAACAAAUGUACUCAUUAUAUUACGUGAUCUAUGCGAGAAGCCAGCUCUUCAUUGGCAAGAGACAUGUGUUCUUGCUUGGGGUCAACUUGCAAGGGUCUUAGUUGAUGGCGAGCUGAAUAUUGUUCUUCUGAAGCUUGUUGAAUAUUUAGGACAUUCGAAUCCAAUUGUGUCGAAUGCGGCCUACAAUGAAAUAUUAAAAUUGGCGAAUCGAAACGGAACUGUUGCUAAGCCCGUCGAGCGGUUAUUUAGUCCCUUCUGGGAUAGUAUUGCCAUUGCUGCUGUGAAGGAACUGCUUAGCCGACCACAAACGUCUCAGUUAAUGGCCGAUUUGUUAGAGAUCACAGUCUCCGAGUUUCUUAUCCUCACACAAGCAUACACUCUGCCAUGGCUAGUCCUAUGGCGCGAUGGAAAGACCAUCAAAAAGAUUGCUUCAGCUCGGAACGAGGAAUCUUGGCGAGUAUGUACGGACACUGCCAAUAUUGUUCAUAUUAUGGCUUUGUUGCUGGUGCAGGAUGUUCAAAAUAUUGAAAGCCACACAAUGUCUGUACUGAAAUUUGUCUCUUCAGACUUCGAGAAACGAGGACUUGACUUUGCGAUUCUUUUAAAGAUGGAUCCUUCGAGCACUUUCCUUCACCUUCUCAAGGUUGCUGGGUAUGCGGACAACAGUAGAAAAUCAAGGAUCCGACUCGCUUUGCAAUUUCUUGUCGAGAAUGUUCAAAGCCCAGAUCAAAAUCGAAAGAAAAACAACCCGAUGGCUGCAUUUUUAGAGCAGCACAACCUUGGCCUCGUCACUCGCAUAUCAGAAGUCGUGAAUGAUACUAGGGAUGAACAGUCCAGCUUCGAGAAGAAACGAAACGUGAAAGCCAUUGAAGAAAUGGUGACAAUUGGCAAGACCUACACUGGAGCUGCUCGACCACAAAUAUGCGCCUGUCUACAAUCCGCCCUGGCCCAGAAAGACCUCCAAGCCUCAGCUUUUUCAGCCUGGUCAGCUAUGCUCCGAUAUCUUGGUGAUGAUGAUGUGGAAUGGAUGCUUGAAAGCACUUUUGUCACUAUAAUACAGUACUGGGAUUCUUUUGACGACUAUACCAAAAAAGCAGCAGAGGAAAUCUUGCAAUACCUCUUAAAAGAGCGCGCCCGUCUUAUUCGAAAUAGAAUAGUCGAGUUACCAUCCCUCUCCAGCCUCCCGCAACUUCGUGAUGUAGAGCACAAACUUAACGCCAUGAGGAGACCGACAGAUGUCAGUAAUGCAUUUCAGAUAUUUAGCCGCCGGAUUCAACAUGAAACAGCUGGGGUUGUCGCGCAGGCUUUAUCAGAAUUAAAAGUCUUACUUCAAAAGCAGCAGUCCUACCUUCAGGCGUCAGCUGUGAGUGAACAGCCUGACGUUGUAAUUGGCAAGCUUGUGCGUUCAAUCCUGGAUGCAUGUGUUAAGUUCAACGAAUCUCAUAAUGAUAUUGCUAAGCUUUCGGGAGAAUGUAUCGGUUUGAUAGGCUGUCUUGAUCCCAACAGGGUUGAAGCCGUCAGGGAUCAACGAGAGAUGGUGGUUGUCAUGAAUUUUCAUGACCCCGAGGAAACUACAGAUUUUCUUUUAUUCCUCUUAGAAGAGGUCAUCAUCAAGGCAUUUCUAUCUGCGACCGAUACAACGUUACAGGGAUUUUUAUCUUUCGUUAUGCAGGAAUUAUUAUCGAAGGGUGGGUUCGCAGAUGUCUGCGCACCAACUUUGAGGGGUGCCCAUAAGGAUCCGAACAAUCCCCUUUGCAAAAAGUGGGAGUCUCUUCCAGAAAGUGUCCAGGCAACCCUUACACCUUUUCUCAGCUCUAUGUUCUCGAUAAAAAAAAUGGAAGUUCCAACUACCACAUAUCCCAUAUUUCGACCCGACAGUUCUCAACCUAAUAGGAUCAAUAAGUACAAUAAUUGGCUGAAAACAUUCGUUCUUGAUCUUUUACAGAAACCGAAGAACCCCAACGCAGAAUUGAUCUUCCCUCCUUUGUGUCGAGCUAUUCGAAUCAAAGACCUCUCUGUUGCUAAUUUUCUCUUGCCAUACUUAAUUUUACAUAUAGUUAUAGAAGGGGAAGACGAAGAGAGAAGAAACAUUGGUGCAGAAUUGCUUGGAAUAUUAGAUUACCAGCCGACUUUGACAUCAAAUGUUAAGCAAGAGGAAUUAAGGCUAUGCAGCGAAGCCGUUUUCCGAGUCCUCGAUUACCUUUCCCGCUGGAUACAAGCGAAGCAGAUGAUAGUGCAUCGAGAAAUACGGGCUGGCAUUCCCGGUGGUCAGGAACAAAUCGAAAAAGUGACCAAGCUUAUCGAAAGUAUUCCUGCUGAAAUUGUUUCAGCUCGGGCUAUACAAUGUAAGUCAUACUCUAGAGCUUUGUUCAAUUGGGAGCAGCAUAUCCGACAUGUUCGUGAAACGAAGAAGCAGGAUGCUUCGAGAGAAAUUUCAGAUCUAGAGCGACUGCAGGAGAUAUACACCCAGAUAGAUGAGCCCGAUGGUAUUGAAGGAAUAUCGGCACAUCUACAUGUGUUGGAUAUUGACCAAAUAGUUCUCGGCCAUCGCAAAGCAGGACGCUGGACAGCUGCCCAAGGGUGGUAUGAGAUUAAGCUUGCAGAAGACCCUGAAGAUGUUGACGUUCAGCUCAAUCUUCUUACAUGCUUGAAGGAGUCUGGGCAACAUGAUGUUCUACUUAAUUAUGUCGAAGGUAUGCAUACUGCCACCAAAACAGUAGGAAAGCUAUUACCCUUUGCCACAGAGGCUUCGUGGGCAACAGGGAGGUGGGCUGCGUUGCAAAAAUAUACGUCAGUUGCUGGUCGGGAUUUAGAAGAAGACUUUAACGUCAGCAUUGGCAAAGCAUUGCUGGCUUUACACGAGAAAGAAACGACAAGAUUUGUUUCAUCCAUUGAGGAUCUCAGAGAGCAGAUUACUUGCUCCUUAUCGAGAGCUACUACAUCAUCGAUAGGAUCUUGCCACGAUCCCAUGCUAAAGCUCCAUGUGCUCACCGAAUUAGAAAUGAUUGCUGGUGUCGAUCACACUGAACCGAUACCAAAGCAAGAGCUCCUUGAAUCACUCGACCGUCGUCUUGAAACAAUUGGCGGUUAUUUAAAUGACAAGCAAUAUUUAUUGGGCAUAAGGAGAGCCGCCAUGCAAUUAUCUAGUCUUGAAUUCACGAAAGGAGAUAUCGCUUCCGCCUGGUUAACUAGUGCGCGCCUCGCUAGAAAAGGAAAUGCAAUUCAUCAAUCUUUCAAUGCUGUACUCCAUGCCUCGCAGCUAGGUGAUGACUCCGCCAAGAUAGAACAUGCACGACUUCUAUGGAAAGAAGAACAGCAUCGAAAAGCGAUUCAAAGUCUUCAGGGUGCAAUUGACAGUAAUGCUUUCAUAUCUCACAAUGAGAUAAACAAGGCAUCUCUAGGAAGUGCUGACAAUACACAUCGGAAGCAGCAGCAGAAUCUCUUGGAAGCAAGAGCUCAUCUUCUACUUGCAAAGUGGCUUGACCUUGCUGGUCAAACAAACUCAUCCGCUCUUCGGGCCCAAUACCAACUAGCUGCAAAGACCCAUAAUGCAUGGGAGAAGGGUCAUUAUUAUCUGGGACGUCACUAUAACAAGUUAUUAGAAUCAUCCAGUAACUUACCAUUUGAAAGACAAGAUGACAGUUAUCUUUCUGGAGAGACCGCCUCGCUGGUAAUUUCAAACUACCUACGCUCAUUAGCUCAUGGUACCAAGUAUGUCCACCAAACCCUCCCUCGUAUAUUAACACUCUGGUUGGAUCUUGGAACGCAGCUCAGUCAAAAGAUUGAUCCAAAGCGCCAUUCUCAAGAGUAUGUCAGCAAAAUGACUCAAUUGCGAAAGAAGACAUUAGAUGAUCUUCACAUUCGAUUCAAAAAAUACAUCUCCAAAAUGCCAGCCUACAUAUUCUACACAGCUUUGCCACAGAUUGUAUCAAGAAUUACCCAUCCACACAAGGAGGUGAAUUACUUCCUUCAGUUGAUUAUGCUAAAAGUUGUAUCGGCUCAUCCGCAGCAAUCGCUUUGGAGUGUAUUGGCUUUAAGUACUUCAACGCAACUGGAUCGUCGAACUAAAGGAAUGGAGUUACUCGCAAAAUUGCCAAGCAUGUCUGUGAAGGCAGAUCAUAAUUCCAUAGACAUAAGAGCUCUAAUCAGAAACGGACAAGCUCUUACUGCUGAAAUUUUAAGGCUUUGCGAAGCUGGAGAUUUCAAAGAAUCUAGGGUAUUCAGAUCGAGUUUAUCGAGAGAUCUACAAUUCAAACACAAGGUCUUGCCAAGUGCCCUUGCAUGCCCAGUGGAAGCCGCUUUGACAGCGAGCCUGCCGACUCUCACAGACAAGGUGGCGACACACAAAGCUUUCUCCCGCGAUGUCAUCACUAUCAACUCUUUUGAAGAUGACGUGCUGGUGUUAAAUUCUUUGGCGAAGCCCAAGCGCGUGAGAGCUCUGGCCUCGAAUGGACAACACUACGGUCUUCUCUUCAAACCGAAAGAUGACCUUCGUAUGGAUCAACGUCUUCAAGAAUUCAAUGGCAUGAUGAAUAGAUCUCUAAAGCGUGACGCGGAGUCAAGUAGACGCCAAUUGUAUGUCAAGACAUAUGCUGUGACACCUUUGAAUGAGGAAUGCGGGAUCAUAGAAUGGAUAGAAGGACUUCAAACACUUCGCAAAAUACUUACGGAUCUAUAUGGAGCACAAGGGAAACGAAUAAAUUACACAGAACUUGGUAUGUAUUGCGAGGAAGCAAUGAAAAGCGAGAAGCAACUCCCAUUCUUCACGGAAAAGGUUCUUGGCGAGUUUAAACCUGUAUUUCACAAAUGGUUUGUCAAGCAAUUUCCCGAGCCCUCAGCCUGGUUUGCUGCUAGACUUCGCUAUACUCGGUCAUGUGCUGUUAUGUCUAUGGUUGGCACAAUUCUAGGUCUAGGAGAUCGUCAUACGGAAAACAUACUUUUCGAGGAAGGAAACGGAGGAACUUUUCACGUAGAUUUCAAUUGUCUCUUUGAAAAGGGUAAAACUUUUGCAAAGCCUGAGCAGGUUCCUUUCCGCUUAACCCAUAACAUGGUCGACGCAAUGGGUAUGUAUGGAUACGAAGGUCCCUUCCGCAAAUCCUCGGAACUUACAAUAAAGCUACUACGCCAGCACGAAGAAACUCUUAUGACAAUUCUUGAAGCUUUUAUUUAUGAUCCGACCCUGGAUCUCAUGAAGAAAGUCGAUAAGAAGAAGAGAGAGAUGGCAAAUGAAGGAAUGCUGAGUGCGCAAAAGGUUUUAGAUGUCAUUCAGAGAAAGGUGAAGGGUCUAUUACCUGGGGAAAGUGUGCCGCUUAGCGUGGAGGGCUAUGUUGAUGAGUUGAUUAAACAAGCCACAGAUCCGAAAAGAUUGACGGCUAUGUAUAUCGGGUGGUCUGCGUUCUUUUAA